GAAGACCUGGUUAUGAAGGAAGAAUGGAGUUUCCAGACCAUAGCCGACAGUUGCUGCAGUGUCUGAGUCAGCAACGUCACCAGGGUUUCCUGUGUGACUGUACUGUUUUAGUUGGGGAAGCGCAAUUCCAAGCCCACAGAGCCGUCCUCGCCUCCUGCAGCAUGUACUUCCAUCUCUUCUACAGGGACCAGCUAGACAAAAGGGACAUUGUCCAUCUGAACAGCGACAUCGUCACGGCCCCGGCCUUCAGCCUGCUGCUUCAGUUCAUGUACGAAGGCAAGCUGGAAUUCGGCAACCUCCCAGUGGAAGACGUGUUGGCUGCCGCCAGCUUCCUCCACAUGUAUGACAUUGUCAAAGUGUGCAAGGGCAAGCUGAAAGAGAAGGAGCUGACUUCGGGGGAGAGGAACGGAGACGACGGGUCCAACCCGGAGAAGGACGUGCUCUCGGGUGGCGAGGAGCCACAGGGACGUGGAAACGGGGAGAGGAACUCGCCGGCGGAGGGCGAGAAGCCCGCGUGGAAGGAGAAGCUGGGCUCGCCGCCUGGUUGGUCGCCUGAUUUGAUAGGUGUCAACUCGGCUCCGGCUGAAGCUGUGUCGUGUAGGACAACAGCUGGGGCAACAAAGGCCAGUGUCAACAGUACUCCGUGCCCUUUGUCCCAGAGGUCUGCUAACCAUACACAGCCUCCGAGUGAUGGGGAUUGUGCUCUGGAUUUGUCUUUCAAGCCGGUGUCUGGGAAAGAUUCCUUACACCCCUCCUACGUCUUUGGACAGCUGGCUUCCGACAGCCAGCAGCAGGGCACUGUGCCACUUGUUAAAGAUGAACAAGACUUGCUGUCAGAGCAGGAGGACAGUGAAGCAAAGAGUCCAAAGAGUCAGCACGUUGGGAAUGCAGCCAAGAGCCUCAUGACGGGGCUGGGACACAUGUUUGCAGGAAAUGGAAACUCUCAUGUUCGGGAAGAUGACUUGUACCACGACCGCGACGAGAGCGAGGACGACAUGGAUUCAUCAGAUAUAUCCACAUCGGGUGUACUAGUCUCCCCGGGGCAGAUCUGCAUCUGCCCCCUGUGCAGCAAAGUUUUCCCCAGCCCGCACAUCCUCCAGCUCCACCUCAGCUCCCACUUCCGGGACCGCGACGGCUCCCGCAUCAAGAUGUCACCCGACGGCUCUGUCCCCACCUGCACGAUAUGCGGGAAGACUUUCUCGUGCAUGUACACACUCAAGAGGCACGAGCGCACGCACUCGGGGGAGAAGCCCUAUACCUGCGGCCAGUGCGGCAAGAGUUUCCAAUAUUCGCACAACCUCAGCCGCCACGCGGUGGUGCACACCAGGGAAAAGCCGCACGCGUGCAAAUGGUGUGAGAGACGGUUCACCCAGUCAGGUGACUUAUAUAGACACAUUCGUAAGUUUCACUGUGGCCUAGUAAAGUCCUUGGUUGUCUAGUAACAAAGAUGGGCUCGUCCAGGAAGGCACAAAGCCGCGGGCAUGGCCCGGUGACCCAAAGCCACCAAUCGGAAGUCAUCUUUUUACCGUAUUGUCUGGUUGCUAUGGGUUACUGUGCUUUUCUCAUCAUGUUGGCUUGUUACCUCUGUUUAUGGCAGAAGCCCGGUAAUGUUAUUCUCCUUCAGCUGAACUCUGUAAUAAUCUCAAUGAUGGCACUGGUACUGCAUAUCAAGCUAAAGACCCCUAUUGCCCCCGCCCCACA